ACCAGGGCGGCGGGCUAGUAGAGCAGCACUGUUGCGGACGACCUGGGACAAAUACCCAGAGAAUAUUUGAAACAGGUGCUGCAUGCAGACAGCAUGGACGACCAGAGGGAGUCACUGCAGAAGAUCAUCACCACCUUGGCCCUGAAGAAUGAGGAAAUUCAGAAUUUCAUCUGCUGUCUAAAGCAGAGAUUAGGGAACCUGGAGGCGAAUGCGAACCGAGUGCAGGAGGAUCUGGACUCAGAAUUUAGUUCUUUGCAUGCUGUCCUAGAUGAACUAAAAGAGAGCAUGGUUACACGCAUCAAACAGGAAAGAGCUAGCCGCACCUAUGAGCUACAGAGCCAGUUGAGUGCAUCUACCAAAGCCCUGGAGAGCUCAGAGGAGCUGCUGGAAUUAGCCAAUCAGACACUCUGCUCAGCUGAGAAUGACAGCUUCACCCAGGCGGCCAAAGACAUAAAGGAUAGUGUGACUAUGGCUCCAGCAUUUCGUCUUUCGUUGAAAGCCAAGGCCAGUGACAGUAUGAAUCACCUGAUGGUGGACUUCACUCAGGAAAGAAACAUGCUACAGGCCAUCUCAUUUCUUCCAGUGCCUGCGAUACCAGAAAUUCAGGUGGCUGAAUGCCAGGUGUUUGAUAACACCAUCACAGUGGUGUGGACCUUACCUGAACCUGACUCCAAAAUUGACCACUACAUUCUGGAAUAUCGAAGAACCAAUCAUGAAGGUCCUCCCCGCGCUCGGGAAGACCACCCCUGGAUGGUAGUAGAGGGGAUAAAAGAAACUGAGUAUACACUCAUGGGUCUUCGUUUUGACAUGCGUUACAUGACCUUUCGGGUAAAGGCAUGCAAUAAGGCUGUGGCGGGUGAAUUCUCAGAGCCGGUUACUCUAGAAACACAUGCAUUUGUUUUUAAACUGGAUGCUAGUUCAGCCCAUCAGAACUUGAAGGUAGAGGAUCUCAGCGUGGAAUGGGACAGCAGUGGUGGAAAGUUACCAGUCCAGGACAUCCGAAAAGACAAGAACAGAGCCAGUUCUCCCAUGCAUUCACCCGCAAGGACCGCCAUGAUGUCCCCCAAAAGAGCCCCAUCUGCUAGAGUGGGUCGAGAUCGUUUCACAGCAGAGUCCUACACUGUUUUGGGUGACACCAUUAUCGAUUCAGGGCAGCAUUACUGGGAGGUGCGGUUUGAUAAGGAGAUUAAGGCAUUUGCAGCAGGCAUCGCUUUGCGGUCUCUUGGCCGCUUUGACCAGUUGGGUAAGAGUAAUGCAUCCUGGUGCAUCCACCUGAACAACUGGCUUCAGCAGAGCUUCACAGCCAAGCACAAUAAUAAAGCCCGAGCCCUGGACUGCCACAUUCCAGACCGCAUCGGCAUUUACUGCAACUUCGAAGAGGGCACAUUGUCUUUUUAUAACGGUAGAACCAGAAGUCUUCUUCAUACCUUCAGAACCAAGUUCCAGCAGCCUGUUAUACCAGCCUUUAUGGUGUGGAAUGGGAGUUUUUCAGUGCAGACGGGGCUGCAGGUACCCAGUAUUGUGCUGAGUGGUCAGAAGAGAAACAGUAAUACAAGCAGCUCCAAUGCCAGCCUUACCUAAACCUUACCUGUCACUGACAAAUAUAUACACUCUUUAGAACUUUUACAUGUUUGCACAGGCUUGGAGAACAUCUGGCUAACCCUAACAAAGCCUGGAGGCUGUUCCUAUCAUCACAUGUCUUGCCAGCCCAGGGGGAGCUCUUUUAUCUCACCUUCCUCAUUGCUUUUAGCUCACUGAUACUGUGCCUUUCAGUGUCCCGAAUAAAGACAUGGAGAGGUGUUAUUCUAUUUCAUAAUGCACCGAGCUUUAUUAGCUUGUAUAUGUGUAUGUCAGUCAUUAGGGCCAAAAUAUUGCAUUGUAUUGUUUAGCAUUUGUUAAAUGAAUGUUUCGGGUUCAAUACAAGUUAAGCUCAACAAAAAGCAUUUGUGACAUAACGUUGAUUACCACAAAAAUUAUUUAAUCUUGUCCCUUUUUUAUUCAAAAAAAGAAAAAAAUUAUUGUACUGUAACUCUAAGGCACUUAGGAUGGAAGUGAAUGGGGCCUGUCCAUAAACAUUGAAGUAGAGGCACAAGACAAACAUGGUUCAUGUUAACAUUAAUUUAGUGUGAUAAAAUCAGGGAUUUACCACCGUUCCAGCAUUUACCGUAUUUCAGUGUUUUCUAGCUUUACGUCGUCAUGACAACAUCAUUGUAAUACUGGCUUAAACUAAUAAUGGCUAUAACUUUACACAGAUAAGGUUAGUAAGUGAUUUUUUUUCAUAUUAAAAUUAUGUUAACUCAUUGUUUACAUCUUGUGAUUAUACAUUUGAAACGUGAAAGUGUAUAUUUUAAUGUUUGUAGACUUGCCACAUCCACUUCCACUAUAAGUGCUUUUUUUCUUUAAAUCGAAUUAUGUUUGUGUGGUAAUCAAAAAUAUGUCUCGCAUGCUGUGUAUUGAGCUUUACUUGAACUCAGAACAUUGUUUAAAAGUGUAGUAUGCAUUUAUGCAGCACCAAACAGAAUUGUAAAAAUAGGUUUCUUGAACACUCCCCCAACUGGCAUUGGUUGAACAAACAUAGUGAUGCUUCAAACUCAAGCCAUUGGUUGAACCAGUAAUGCUGUGUUAGACCGGUCAGGAGGCUCAAAGAGAGUACAGAUAAGGUUUUGAAAGAGUCUCAAGUGUUUAAAAUUUUUAUUUAUUUAUUUUUUUUUUACAUAAAAAAAAAUAACACAUCAGCUUUAAUCCAGACCCACAGUAUUUGUCACUUAAGGCACAUUUGAAGUAAUUUCAAUGCAGCUGAGAGUAUGUUGGUGUUACUGUUUGAAAUCUUAAAUGUUACUAUUAUAUUCACACACUGAAUGUCUCAUAUGGACUGAAAUCUGCGAGCUGCUUCUGUGAACAAACAUUUUUAAACUUAGUAUCAAAGUAGCACAAUGAACGUUAAGGAAUAGUUCACCCAAAAAGGAAAAUUCUGUCAUCACCCUCAUGCCAUCCCAGAUGUGUAUGAUUUUCUUUCUUCUGCAGAAUACAAAUGAUACAAAAGAUUUUUAGAAGAAAAUCAGCUCUGUAGGACCGCACAAUGCAAGUGAAUGGUGACCAAUACUUUGAAGCUCCAAAAAUCAAAAAGACAGCAUAAAAGUGUUCCAUAAGACUUUUACACUGUAAAUUUUGCCAUUGCAGUUUAAGGCACAAUCGUGAUUCCAGGCUCGAUUACACUUCCUAGUGUUUGACGCAUGUGCAGGGUGCUAGAUGACACUAGGAAGUGUAAUUGAGCUAAAAAUUAUGAGUGCUACAGAAACUGCUGAUGUCAAGAUUUACAGUGACCACUUUGGCAUGCACUUAACAAAACGGUUAAUUCCAGGGUAGGUGGCGGCAUUCUGAAAAGUCAUGUAAACAAUAACCCUGAUUUCUUAACGCCAUUUAAGGGAUUAAGAGAAAGUGGUUUAACACACCUAGGUUUCUCAAGGAGAAUGCAGUUUAAUGUUGUCAUGUAAACGCAUAAGCAGCGUUCUGAUGGGUGUUUGAUGAGUGCAUGUGCAUGGAACAGACCGGGAUAACAAACGUUAUAGGAUGGAGCCCAACAACAUGUCAACACAGCAGAAAGAAUGCAAAAUUACUGAGUGGGAAAAUCACAUACACCAAUGUAAAAUAACGACUGUCCCUUAUGUCCCGUAUAAAUGUUUGUACAUUGGGGAAAUCCCUGAGUUUUAUGUAAGAGGGAAAUUCCACUAUUGCGGUGCAAUGCUGCUGUAGGUCACGAUAGAAAGUGUAGAAAUCAAACAUAGCAGCAACUCUGGAAUAUCUGGAAAUAAAGCGAGGUAACAAAGAAUAAAAUAGCAAAGUCUUCCUCAGAUCCCAUGCUUGUUAUUUACAGAAGAGUCAUGGGAAAAUUACAUUGCUGUGGCGAAAGCUGCUUUCUGACCGAGCUGCAUGUAUACGGGAGUAAAGAGUAUGCUGCUUAUACAAUGCAUGUAAACAGGAAUGCUGUUUUCUCACAAUGAGCCGCUUUCUGGUGUUCAUGUAAAAGUAGUCAAUGUAAAAGGAGUUUUAUUUUCAUCUGAUCUAACCCAAAAGCAAUUGGAUCUCUUCAGAAGACAUGGAUUAAACCACCCGAGGCUGUGCUUUUUGGAGCUUAAAAGUUUAGGUCACCAUUCACUUGAAUUGUAUGGGUCUUCAGAGCUGAAAUAUUCUUCUAAAAAUCUUUGUUUGUGCUCUGUAGAAAAAAUAAAGUCCUUCACAUCUGGGAUGACAUGAGGGUGUGAGUGAUGAGAAUUAAAAUUUUUAAGUGAAAUAUUCCUUUAACCUAAGUCAUAGAAGUCGUCAAAUGCCUUUUAUAAAAUUAAUUUAAUUCAGCAGUCCUUAAGUCAUCAGUCCCAGCAUUGGGGGAAGAGGGAGGCGAUUCAAAAACCAUUCCGUUAUGCACGGUCAAUAAUGUGUGUGUGUGUGUGUGUGUGUAGACACGUGUGUCCAUAUAUAUGAUUAGUCACUUAUAAAUGGUAAACGUUCUGUGUUCUUUAUACAAAUAUUUACCAGACCUGACUUUUUUGGAUGCCUGCUGCAAAUACCUGUACAUAUUACAGAAGACGGGGAUUUUUUUGCUGUUCUCUUAUUAAUAUAACCUGCAACGCUUUUAGACAUACACCUCAAUAUUUUACAUGUUUCUCUCUGAAACGAAAGUCAACCUGUAAAGUUGUAAUAUUACACAACCUAUUAUGUCAAUAAA